AUGUCAAAUCAAUAUAAGGUUCCCCCGACACCGCGUGUGAUCUCGCCGUCACCGACUCCUUCAGAUCUCUCAGAGUCGAGAGAGCACAUCUCAGAUAAAGGGCCGCUCGCGUCUCCUCCGGCCAUCCCGGAAGAAGAGGCCGUCCACGACGAUGCAUCCAGCUCAGACUCUAGCUUGAACAAACGGUCCCGAGCCCGAUCUCGAAGCCCGAUGGUGCUCUCGUCUUCUGUGCAGCGCAGGCGCAAAUCCAACGCUGGAGUUGUUGGCGAAAAGGCUGCGCCUGUAGCCAACGGACACACGUCGGCAAAUGGCCAUCUAUCACCAUACUCAAGCGCCCAGGACAGCUGGCGUGUCAUUUCGCGGUCUCCUUCGCCCCUCGGCUUGAUUCCUCUCCAUUCUCAUUACAGAACCUUUAUCCAUCGCCAUGAAAUUCCACGGAAACUGCUACACGUUUCUAUCGGCUUUGUUGCCCUCGACUUCUUCCGCCGGGGCGUGCAAGCAAACCAGUUAACACCCUGGCUUUUCUCUGCCUUUAUUCCUAUUUCGGCAACAGAUUUCCUACGCCACCGAUUCCCGGCUGUCAAUAAGUUCUAUAUUCGCUGUCUUGGGGCCUUAAUGCGCGAGACUGAAGUGUCGGGCUUCAACGGAGUGAUCUGGUACAUCUUGGGCGUCGUUAUCGUCCUUCACUUCCUCCCCAAGGAUGUUGCCAUGGUGUCUGUCCUGCUUCUUAGCUGGUGUGACACAGCUGCCUCCACGUUCGGUCGUCUCUACGGUCGCUAUACACCACGUCUUCGACGUGGAAAGAGCUUGGCUGGCACGCUUGCUGCAUGGGUUGUUGGUGUGAUGACCGCGGUCGCCUUCUGGGGAUACGUCGUUCCCGCAGUAGGAUCAUUCCCUAACGAUCCGGAAGAUGCCAACAUGUUUUCUGGCUCUAUCCGGCUUCUGCCCUCCGCUGCAACUAAGCUGUUGGAGUGGGUUGGCCUCCCAAGUCCUACCUCCGAGAGCUCCAUCGUCUCUGGCCCACUUGCCCUUGGAAUUGUUAGCUUGUGGACCGGGGUUGUUGGCGCCGGGAGUGAGUUGAUCGACCUUUUUGGCUUCGACGAUAACCUGACUAUCCCACUUCUGAGCGGAAUUGGGCUAUGGGGUUUCUUCAAAGUCUUUGGUGCCUAA